UUCACAAAAAGGAAAACAAGCCACCUAGUCAGUCACCUUGCACACCUCUUCCUUUCUGGUCUUUCAGGAUCGCGGGCAGAGGGUGACCGAGGCGGCGCAGAUGCCAGCCGAGGCCUCGCAGGACGCGGAGCGCGGCUGUCCCCGCGGGAUGGCGCUCAGCUGGGACAUCAACGACCCGCAGAUGCCCCAGGCGCCCACCCACUUUGACCCCUUCCGGGAGUGGCCCGAUGGCUACGUGCGUUUCAUCUACAGCAGCGCCGAGAAGAAGGCGCAGCGCCACUUGAGCGGCUGGGCCAUGCGCAACACCAACAACCACAACGGCCAUAUCCUCAAGAAGUCGUGCCUGGGCGUGGUGGUGUGCACCCGAGCCUGCGCCCUGCCCGACGGCUCGCGCCUGCAGCUGCGCCCGGCCAUCUGCGACAAGGCGAGGCUCAAGCAGCAGAAGAAGGUUUGCCCCAACUGUCAGUCUGCUCUGGAGCUGAUUCCUUGCCGAGGGCACAGCGGAUACCCGGUCACCAAUUUCUGGCGCCUUGAUGGCAGCGCAAUAUUUUUUCAGGCCAAGGGAGUUCAUGACCACCCCAGACCAGAGAGUAAGUCAGAGACGGAAGCUAGAAGAAGUGCCCUCAAGAGACAGAUGGCCUCUCUCUAUCACUCUCAGAAAAAGAGAACUCGAGAACCCGAGGUAGGAGAGAAUCCAGACAGCAGUGGACAGUUCAACGACACUUCUCUCCUGGGGAAUCCAGAACUGUUUGAUGUAAUUCCUGACAGCAGCUUCUCUAGUCCAGGGCAGACUUGCCCUUCCUUCCCGGACGCGGACGUUUACACGGCUCCCUGUGAUCUGGCCACCCUUCAAGGAGACAUCACAUCCCCCUUCCAGAAAUAUCCAAACCCAAGAAUAUAUUUGCCCAGGCCACCUUGCAGCUAUGACUUGGCAGGCCCUGGAUUCACAAACCCAAGCCCGUUUUCCGCGCUCUGUAAUGAUUCCACCAGCAUCCCAAAUGACACAGACUGGGUUCAUCUGAACACACUGCAAUAUAACAUCAAUUCCUACAGCAGCUAUGAGAGCAGCUUUGAUUUCACCAGUAAACCAUGUGGCUGGAAACCAGGCCUUGGAAAUCCGGGCCUUGAGGAGAGGCUUGACCAUGGACAGUUCCAGGCUGUGGCCAGGUGUCCUUAUUACAACCCUGAGCUUCCCUGCAGGUACCUCGUGACACCCUCCACAGGUGGCCCAGCCCUGCAGACAGUGAUCACCACCACCACUAAAGUAUCCUACCAGGCCUACCAACACCCGGCGCUGAAACACAGUGCCAAGGUGCAGGAGCUCAGCAGCCUGUCCAGCUGCAGCUACGCUUCUGAAAACCCGUCCGUGUCCAUCUGUCCAGAAGCUGUGAACCCACCCUCUGCAGUGUCCAGGUCAGCCUCUCCCAUGGGGAGGAUGAGUUUGAAAAUUCCGGAGUAUUGGGCCAACAGACCCCCUGUGGCUUUUCCUCGGGAGGCAGCUGCCUGCAGGACAGACGGAGCAGACUCCUGGGAUGUGUGUCUGUCUGGCCUGGGUCUGUGAUCAGUUUCCCUGACAAAGCAGGUCUGCUCUUUGUUUAUGGCAAUGAGGACUCUUGAACCAUAUUUCCAGUGGCCCCAGGAAAUGCAAAGUAGCUGGGUUGAGAUAGUCAGUUCAUGGGCAGGACAGUAGUAAAAAUAUUUUUUUUUUUCUUUUUAUCGGUACCGGGGAUCGAACUCACGACCACCUGCUUACAAGGCAGGUGCUUAUGCCGCUGAGCUAAAUCCCCAGCCCGUAAAAAUAUUUUUUGACAGAGGAAAUUAUCAGCUGGAAAUGGUUGAUAGCUUUGAGAAAUCUGGCUCCACAUUUUGAAACCAGCUACAGUAGAAAAAAGUAGGUGUGAGCUCCCAAAUCAACAAAUAAACCAACUGAGAUCAGGAAGGGUAGAAACAUUGGCCUACCUUUGCUUGGCCUUUGUGCUGCAGGAGAAAUGAAGGGUCCUGGUUCUCGUUCUAUGGCUUUCCCGUUGGGACUCACACAGCCCAUAGAGGCUUGUUAAAGAGCGUCAGGAAGAAAUGACUUCAAUUUUAUGCCUAGGGUCAUUUCAUAAUAUUUUUGUUUAGCAUCUAGAACCUGUUAACAUGACCUCUGAUAGUAGUUUUGAUCAUUUUGUCUCCAAAGUAUAUCAUAAAAAAACUUCGGUAAUAGUAAAGUACAAUUACUUUUAAAAGAAUUAUAGUUUUAUUAAUUAGCUGAAUUUGUUUCCUGCACUGGGGGUUGAACUCAUGGUCGUUACACUGAGGUAUAUCCUCAGCCCUUUCUAUUUUGAGACAAGCUCUCUCUAAAAUGCCAAGAUGGGACUACAACUUCCAGUCCUCCGCCUGAGCUUCCCAAAGGGCUGGGAUCACAGGCAUGGGAUCCACAAACAUGAUGGCCUUCACAGCAGAGGCUGCCUAGUAAUGAUGCAUACUGACUGGGUUGUUACUGUACUAAUAUUUUUUGUGAUUAGGCUUUAAAAAUUAAAAUUGAGAUAUUGUGUUCAAAGGCUAUAUAACUUUAUUCCUCCUUGUUGCUCUUAAGUAUAAUUGAUAAUG